GUUGUUUUGUUUUUGUGAUAAGAAAAAAAAAGGAUUUGAAUUUGAAAAUGAAAAUUGUAUAUCGGGAAAUUUAAUCGAAACUUUUUAUGAUGAAAAUAUAUGAAAAUUCAAAAAUAUGACUUUUCAGUCGAGGUAUUUUCUUUUAAAGAAUGAUUGCCGCACGUGGAGAUAUGUACUCAGCUGUAAAGUUAAGUUUUUCAACUCGUAUUCAACUUCAACCGGAGCCGAUUACAUCAAUGUUUCUUUCGCCGAGAAGUAUAACUCGAGAAUCGUGGAGCAAGGAAAGUACAGUCGAUGGGAAACAUCAGGUUAUUUUGAACCGAAAAGUAUAGAUGGAAACAAAUCGCAAGAGCCAUUCACAAUGAUAUUGCCUCCUCCAAAUAUCACCGGAACUUUACAUUUAGGACAUGCAUUGACCAUUACAAUCCAAGAUAUAUUAUGCAGAUGGAAACGAAUGCAGGGUUUUCCAGUGCUAUGGAUACCAGGUACAGAUCACGCAGGUAUCGCUACGCACGUUGUUGUUGAAAGAAAUAUUUCCAAAAGCAAAGGAUUACCAUUGCGUGGUAUAGAAAAAGAAUAUUUUAUGGAAGAAUUAUUGAGGUGGAAAACAGAGAAAGAAAACGCUAUUAACGAACAAAUUAAGCGAUUAGGUGCUUCUGUGGAUUGGUCUCGAUAUUCUUUCACUUUGGAUCGGAAACAAUCUGAAAUUGUUCAGCAGUCCAUUAUUAAAUUAUUUGAAGAUGGAUUAAUUCACAAAAAACGUGCUUUUGUUAACUGGUGCUGUCAUUUACAAACCACCGUGUCUGAUAUUGAAGUGGAUAAUUUACGUAUUGAAGGUCCAACUUAUCUAUCAUUACCUUCUUAUGAGAAGCCAGUUCAAUUUGGCAUCAUAGUGGAAUUCGCUUAUAAAAUAUGUGAUUCUGAAGAAGAAAUUUGUGUGGCGACUACUCGUUUAGAAACCAUGUGCGGCGAUGUUGCGAUUGUAAUUAAUCCUAAUGAUGCUCGUUAUUCUCAUUUACACGGAAAAUCUGCGUGGCAUCCAUUUCGAAAAUGUAAAUUGCCCAUCAUUUUAGAUGAAUCCGCCAAUCCGGAGUUUGGAACAGGUGCCUUCAAACUUACCCCUGCCCAUAGUAAAAUAGAUUACGAAAUUGCUGUGCGUCAUAAUUUACCAAUAGUAUCUGUGAUAACGGAAUCUGGUCAUUUGAAUGAAAACUGUGUAGAAUGGAAGAAUGUACCGAAGUACGCCGCUAGAGAAUUAAUAUUACAAAAGCUGCAAGAACUUGGCUUGUACAAAUGUACAAAAUCUCAUGUUACCCAUAUUCCUAUUUGUAAUCGUUCAGGAGAUGUUAUAGAGUAUAUGUUGAAAGAUCAAUGGUUUUUGAAAUGCCACGAUAUUUUGCAAAGAGCAAAAGACGCAAUAGAAAAAGAUGAUUUUCAGAUUAAGCCAAAAAACAUGAAAAACGUUAUUUUAAAUUGGUUAAAAUUUGAUCAAGACUGGUGCUUAUCGAGACAAAUACACUGGGGCCAUAAAUUACCGCUUUUUAAGACUGAUAAUGGAUGGAUUGCCGCAAGAUCAAAAGAAGAAGCGCUACAAAAAACAGAGAAAAUAUCUCCUCAAAAUUGCGAGGAAAUCGUUCAGGAAAAUGAUGUUUUAGACACUUGGUUUUCGUCUGCGUUGCUGCCAUUUUCAGUUUUUGGAUGGCCGAAAGGCGAAAAUAAAGACUAUCAAACAUAUUAUCCUUUAAGUUUAAUGGAAACUGGUCAAGACAUCGCCUGUUUAUGGGUAGCCCGAAUGAUUAUGCUUGGUUUAUAUUUUACCGGAAAACUUCCUUUCAACAACAUAGUUUUUCAUGGAUUGAUAUGCGAUGUUCAUGGUAGAAAAAUGUCGAAAAGUUUAGGAAAUGUGAUUGAGCUUAAUCAUGUUAUAGAUGGAAUUUCAUUAAAAGAACUUAAUGAAACUGUACAUGCUAAUCAUAGAAAAGGAAUGCUAUCGGAUGAAGAAUUGGGAAAAGCUUUAUCUAUUCAAAAAUCGCUAUUUUCAGAUGGGAUACCGGAAUGUGGAGCAGACGCUCUGCGAUUUACGUUAGUUAACCAUGAUUUUAGUGAGUCAGUGAUUCAUUUCGAUGUUAAAGAAUGUCGACGAGUUACAAAUUUCUGCAAUAAAAUGUGGCAAGCGUUCAGAUUUUCUAUCACUUGGGCGAACAAAUUUCCAUCCAGAAUUUCGCCUUUCCCAAAUCCUUCAUUACCGUGGCAUUAUUGGAUUCUGCAUAAAUUAUCAACAACCGUUGAAACAUGCAAUGAAGGAUUACAAGAAAUGAAUUUUCACCAUGCGACUUCAUCAUUGAAACAUUUCUUCGUCCAUGACUUGUGCGACUUUUAUUUGGAAGCUUCUAAAAUUGUAUUUAAUGACGGUAAUCAGAGCGAAGCAGAAUCCACUGUAUCUGUAUUAUUGUUUUGCUUGGAAACAUAUUUGCGGCUGCUGGCUCCAAUUAUGCCUUAUAUUACCGAAGAACUUUAUUCUUAUUUACCAGAAAAUAACAUUCAGAUUACCGAAACCGAGUAUCCAGAAAGUCAAGAUUAUCGGAAAUGGAAAAAUGAAAAGUUGGAAAAAGAGAUAUUGUUUAUAAGAGGUCUUAUGUCGGGCAUUCGUGUUUUACAAGCAGAAAUAGGAAAUUUCACUGAUAACGAAAUUGUCAUUGUAAGCGGUAGCGAGAAUAUUAUUCGGAAAUAUCUGCCGGUGAUAAAUGGAAUUUUAAGGUGUAGUAUACAUUUUCAAGCUGAAGAUUCCAUAAAUGAGCCCGCAAUAGCUAAUAUUAUUCAAAAUGACACAAAAAUAUAUUUAAAAUUGAAGACUGAACUAAAGAGUCUUUCUAAUUAUUCAACCUUGAUGGAAUCCAAAGUCAAACGAUUAUUCAAGAAGUUGAAUCAGUUGAAAGACAGAACUUCUACCAAAAAAUAUAUUGCUAAAGCAUCUGAAGAAACUAAAGAAUAUCAUCGGAAUAAAAUGAAGGAAAUAGAAGAUCAGAUAAACAAAAUUGAAGAACUGAAGAUGAAAAUUUGUAAAUUUAUAUCAUCUUUAUGAUAGGAUAACACUAACCAGAAGAUGGUCUCAUUAUGUGUAAAUUACGGUACGCAUGAUCUUAUGUUCCUGAAACUACAGCGUGUUUUUUUUAUUCCUGUGAUUUUUAUACUGAUUAUGUAUGUAUUCUGGAAUUGAUGUGAUAAACUUAUUAGAAGUUUU